AAGCGCGCGCGCGCCUCAAAGUGGCAUAACAGAUAACCUCAAUUUUAUUAAAUACAAAAUUAAAAACAAAAUGUAGCCGGUCAGAGAUGUUUAAAAAAUUGCGGUUGUUUUUUUAUAAAAAAAGUGAAAGUGUUGCCGUGUAACCGGUUUUUGUGUGUCCUGUGCGACUUUUGUGGAGUGUAAUUUUGAGACCAUGUUUGUAAAUUUUGAACAGGAAUAUAAAACACGCUUGGUUUGUUGUUUAAAUUAUAAAAUUAGAUUCAUAAGGUUCUGUGAAAAAAAAAAUCUUCGUUCUUCGUAGUGAAAUAUAGAACUAAAACAACACAUUUCCCCAAAAUAAUCGAACGCCCGCACCAGAUACUAGUGUAAACAAACAGAUGUAGCGUGCUUCCAUUGAACAAUUAGAUAAACAAAGCUUCGAUGAAAAUCCUACACCAGCUGGCGAACCUCGGCAUUCUCAGUAUACUGAAGAAAUCGCAACCGAAAACAUGGAUGCUGAAACUGAUGUAGAUAAAGAAAAUAAUAAUAUUGAAAAUAUAAGUGAUGCAAACGAAAGUAGCAAUGACAACGAAAAUUCGGAUAUACAUAAAACAAUGGCAGAUAAAGAAAAGAAAAUGAGUAGACUAAAACGCCAUUUACAAAAACUACACGACAGAAUUCAAGACCAAGUGGAAAAUUUCCAAGACCAAAUGCAGUAUAAGUUGGAGAAAUCCAAAAUAUCAAGAUUCAUAUCGCAUUUAUCGGAGGAUCGAAGUUCUUUGGAGUCGUAUGGGGAUAGAGAAACGGAUAGGUCCUCGACCGACUCAGAUAGAAGGAUUAUACCGUCUCUAAUAGUUCACGAACCGGUAGAAAGUGACUCUAAGCAAGUCUGCAAGGAUUUUCUGACGAUAGAGAGGAACGGCGUUUUCUAUCGGCGGUGUAUGUCUGCGACGAAUCUUGCUGAUGAUGAUUUGUAUGACAAGAGUGUUUCCUUUUCUUGGUCCUCGUGUAGUGAUAUCAGCAGACCAAGCGAAAUCCGCCCAAGAGCUGGUAGUCUACCAGGAACUCCAGUUCGUUCCUCGAGUGUUAACAGCUGCGCUGAUCUCAUAGAGAGGAUAGGCAGCCACUUCCCCCGACUGAAGGACAAAGUAGACAGAGCUCAUAUGUACCUUCUGAAAAACACCAGGCUGAGUGACGUCAACAAACGGCUGAAGGCGCAGAUCUGGAGCUCUGUGGUGACGAUAGUGCUGGUGGAAGCCAAGAACCUGCCAGCCAUGGACAUGGACACCAGAUCCAGUGAUCCUUACUGUAAAUUUAGGUUAGGCAACGAGAAGUAUAAAAGUAAGGUAGUCUGGAAAACCCUACAUCCAUCAUGGCUGGAGCAAUUCGACCUACAUUUGUAUGAUGACCAGGAGCAGACAUUGGAAGUCACAGUUUGGGAUAAGGAUAAGCAGACCAAAGAUGACUUCUUGGGAAGGUGUGUCAUAGAUCUGACGAAAUUGGAAAGAGAGAAAACGCACAGUAUAUGGCAGGACCUCGAAGAUGGAAAUGGCCAAAUAUUUCUUCUUCUAACUAUAAGUGGAACGACGCAAUCCGAGACAAUCACUGACCUCGCUAGCUAUAGAGAAAACCCUAGGGAUAUUGAAAUUAUAAAGGACAGAUACGCAUGGCAUCGACUGAACGAAAACUCAAGUGGGGUUGGUUGGUUGUGCGUCAAAGUGUACGGUGCUAAGGGCCUCGCUGCUGCGGACUUGGGCGGGAAAUCAGAUCCCUUCUGUGUGGUAGAACUGGGCAAUGCAAGAUUACAGACGCACACAGAAUAUAAAACGUUGACGCCCAAUUGGAUGAAAAUAUUCACCUUUACAGUCAAGGACAUAAGCUCAAUAUUGGAAAUAACGGUAUACGACGAAGACCACGAUCACAAAGUGGAGUUUCUGGGCAAACUGGCGAUACCUCUACUGACCAUCAGGAACGGAGAGAAGAGGUGGUUUGCUCUCAAGGACAAGAAGAUGAGAGCGAGAGCCAAGGGAAACUAUCCACAGAUUCUGUUGGAAAUGUCAGUCAUAUGGAAUCCGAUUAAGGCAGCAAUACGAGUAGUAAACCCAAAGGAACCAAAAUACAUGCACCAAGAAGCGAAGUUCAAGCGGCAGUUGUUUAUACGAAAUGUGAUGAGGUUGAAGGCGAUUAUUAUGUGGUUCAUUGAAAUAGGAAAAAUAUUACAAGACUGCUUUGAGUGGGAAUCGAGACUGCUGUCUUUUGUGGGUCUGCUGGUCUGGCUGGCCUUCUGCUACAACUACGAGAUGUGGAUGAUGCCGUUCCUCCUGCUUGUCUUCUUCGCGAGGAAUUGGCUCAUUUAUAGGCUGACUGGAGGGAACCCGCUGUUGGCGCCUGUUGAUGAUGAUGAUUUGCAAGCCGAGGAAGAUGAUGAAGAAGAAGUGGAUAAGGAGGAGAAGAAGUCACUGAAGGAGCGUCUGCAGGCGAUCCAGGAGGUGACGCAGACCGUGCAGAACGCGAUAGGCUACGUGGCGUCCCUGGGGGAGGCUGUCAAAAAUCUCAUGAACUUCACGGUGCCGUACCUGAGCUACAUCGCUAUCAUCAUGCUGGUCGGCGCCGCUCUGGUGCUCUACAUGAUACCGCUUCGGUAUCUGUUGAUGGCUUGGGGUGUCAACAAGUUCACAAGAAAAAUCCUUCGACCACAUACGAUACCAAACAACGAAGUACUAGAUUUACUAUCUAGGGUACCUGAUGAUGAAACUCUGCUGGACAUCAGAGAGCUAAAACCACACUUGAGUGGCGAACACAGAAGAGACGCGAAGAAGAAAUACAAAGCAUCGUAACAAUAGUUUAAAAAAUUCAAUACAUUUCUACCAACCUUGCAAGAGUAUUGAAUUUUUUGAGGUUUGCAACACUGACUUUAAUACAUCGUUAGUAAUUCACAUAAUGUACGAUGAUGUCGCUACUAGCGUAGUGUUGUACAAUCACAAUUUUAUUCAAAGAGUUAUUAAUAUCGAUAGCUCAUAAUUCAUAGUAAAAAUGUGAAAAUUAGACUCGAAAUAAUCAUAUUGCUGUUACAUUUUAUCUAAUAUCAUGAUUGAGAGCAAUAUAUAUAAUAAAAAAGUGAUUUUUGUGUAGAUUUUUUAUGUCUUCAUCGCAUUGUUAUUUACCAUUGUAGCGACAAAUGUCGUUAAAGUUUAACCUUAAUAUCAAAUAUUAUAAUUAUUAUUGUGUAUAAAUUAGCUUAAGGAGUUAAGGACACAUUUUAUAGUACUUACCUGUUUAGGACGUCCAUAUAGGAAGUUUAAAUGAUGAGAGGAAAUAUGACUUCUAAGUUCUAACGUAGUUAGUGUAUAGUAAUUAUUUGAAAUUUAUU